UUCGAAACUGAAAGCAGAAUCAGAUCAAAGAAAGAAAGAACAAACGCGGGCCAAAAAGCCAGAGUUUCCAUUGCCAGGGACCUCGGCCUUCUCGUCUCAUUGAGAAGCUCUCCAAUUUCCAUUGAUAAUUAUUCCUCAAUCCGAAAGGUAAAUCAGAGAUCUCUGGGGGAAAUGGCACCAGUGUCAGCUCUCGCGAAGUAUAAGCUGGUCUUUCUCGGAGACCAGUCUGUUGGGAAAACCAGCAUCAUCACACGCUUCAUGUACGACAAAUUCGACAAUACGUAUCAGGCUACAAUCGGUAUUGAUUUUCUCUCAAAGACUAUGUAUCUUGAAGAUCGCACUGUCCGACUACAGUUGUGGGACACUGCUGGACAGGAAAGAUUCAGAAGUCUAAUACCCAGCUAUAUCAGGGACUCAUCCGUCGCUGUCAUUGUUUAUGAUGUUGCAAGCCGGCAGACUUUUCUAAACACUUCAAAAUGGAUUGAGGAGGUGCGCACUGAGAGGGGAAGUGAUGUCAUUAUAGUGCUUGUUGGAAACAAAACCGACCUCGUGGAGAAGAGGCAAGUCUCUAUAGAGGAAGGAGAAGCCAAAGCCCGUGAACUAAAUGUCAUGUUUAUCGAAACAAGUGCAAAAGCUGGAUUCAAUAUUAAGGCACUUUUUAGGAAAAUUGCUGCAGCGUUGCCGGGAAUGGAAACUCUCUCUUCAACAAAACAAGAAGACAUGGUUGAUGUUAACCUGAAGUCCUCCGGCAGUGGCGCUGCACAGUCCCAGCCGCAGUCCGGUGGGUGCGCCUGCUAACGAGAGUACGGAUGUGAACUGUUGAAGGAAUCACUCUUUCUUGCCUUUUGCUUUAAGUUGCUCAACCUUGUAGAGAACUGUAAGCAUUCAGGUACAAGAUGUGGUUAUGACUAUCAAUGCCUGCUUUUGAGCAAACUAAAUUCGUAGAAAGUAAUUGGUGGGCAGAGUAGACAACUGCUAUUUUAUGAAGUUAUUUGAUGUAUUGGUGGAGUCAUUAUUUGGGAUUUGGGAGAAUGUGUAAAGAUUAGAAGAAUUAUCUGGGACUCGAAUACAGAAUUUUGCUUUGUUCUUUGUGUAAGUUGUAAUUCAUGUCUAGGGGGAAUUCUGAAAAUUUUCGUCUGGUUUUGCAAUGGAUUGUUGCGUUGGUUCAUAUUAAACUCUGGUGUUCAUGUAUGCCAUUGAAGGAAAAAGGUGAGUGGUUUUUUAGUUCAA